CCUCCCCCAUAAGAUUGUCAUAGCGCCCUCUCUUGGUAUUUCAGUCACGUGAUCAACACAAUCCCACGAAAUUAAUUCAAGAUGGCGGACAAUACUUGACAUGUCAAGGAUCUAGAGAAGGCUGGGCCACAUUCCUUUUGUAAAUUUGCUGUGCGCACACAUUCUUCUGUUGAUGGUGUACUCUAUAAGUAAACCUACAUUUAUUCACUGAAGGACAACGUGGUCAACUGGUGAAUUUGGUUCAUGUGACACACACUAUAAGAUUUUGAGACGUUCGUUAUGAAGACAUGUUUUACCAGUAGUUGGAGGUUAAUACCAUAUAACCAUCAUGUCUGAAAUGCAAGACUUCGCUGCUGUGGAACGUUCCAACAAAGAACGAGCUGACAUUGUGAUCAGAUACGACAAGGGUCGUGAACCAGGUGCCCAAAUAGACCCAUGGGAGGAUGCGUCUUACAUCGUCUAUAAGGUCACCGACAAAAAUGGCUUCUUACAGGAGCAUGAGUUACCUCCGAGCCCAGAUGAAGAAGAAAGGAAGCUUCGGGAGCAAGAAGUAGAGAGGACGAAAAAAUGGGUGAAAAUGAUGAAGGACUGGAAACGAUACUAUCCCAGUGAAAAGCUGUCAAGGCGUGUCUACAAGGGGAUCCCUGACAGACUGAGGGGCGUCGUCUGGGCCCUUCUACUAGACCUGAACAAAGUCAAAGCCGAACAGCCAAAUGUGUACGAGAGGAUGCGGAUACGAGCGCGCAAGCUUUCGCCGGACAUCCGGCAGAUUGAUCUGGACGUGAACAGAACAUUCCGGAACCAUAUAAUGUUCCGUGACCGGUAUGGCACCAAACAGCAGGCGUUAUUCCAUAUACUCGCUGCCUACUCCAUGUAUAAUACGGAGGUGGGGUACUGUCAAGGCAUGAGCCAAAUCGCUGCUCUGCUCUUAAUGUACCUGAACGAGGAAGAUGCAUUCUGGGCCCUUCAUGCCCUACUGACGGACACCAAGCAUGCUAUGCAUGGCUUCUUUAUUCCUGGUUUUCCCAAGCUGAUAAGGUACCAGGACCACCACGAGCGCAUCUUGAAGAAGUUCCUCCCGAAAGUCAAGAAGAACUUUGACAAGUUGGAGAUCCACACCAGCCUGUACUCCAUGAAGUGGUUCUUCCAGUGCUUCUUAGACCGCGUCCCCUUCACGUUAACGUUGCGUCUCUGGGACAUCUACAUGCUGGAAGGAGACAAGAUCCUGGUGGCCAUGUCCUUCAACCUCAUGAAGAUGCACAGACGGAUGAUGCUGAAGAAAGACAUGGAGACGGUCGUCAGAUACCUCCAGGAGCAACUCGUGGACAACUUCGGCUACAAGGAUGAUGAGGUCAUAGAAUCGCUACAGGAAGCUAUGGCAGAAUUAAGACGAGCCAAGAUGAUUGCGCCCCCAAUCGGCAAGACCGCAGAACUGCCCCAGGUUCCGUUUGGCUUGUCCAGGACCCCCAGCAUCAGCCAGGCGACGGGGCUGCGCUCCCCCAUGCAGCAUCUGAGCAACGGCCGCGGCAAACAGGUGGCCUCCUCAUCCAGCACGUCCCAAACACCAACCGCCUCACCCAGCACCACCCUGUCCGUGUCCAAUUCCACCUCCCGCCAGACCUCGCCGGAGAAGCGCAACAAGUCGGAGGACAACUACUACAGCAGCGUCACCUCCUUCGAGAGCCAGUUCUCCAACCAGGUGGCCGGGGCCCUGAUGGCCGACCCCAUGCAGGGGCUCCGCCAGCCCCGCUCGCCCCCCAGGACCGACGACGAAGAGGACCACACACCCACGCAGAAGGACUUCUUGGAGUACGAGGCCCGGCUGAGGGUCCUGGACGGCGGCGGCCGAUCAGACAAGCGAACCCUGCAGGCAAGCCUGAGCUCACCGCCGGCUGACCGGCCUCAGAGUCUCCCCCCGUCAAGCCCGACCAUGUCGGACCCCAUGGAGCGUCGGUCAUCCCUCUACGACAACAUUGAUGUGUAUUAUAACGAUACCUACGAGGUUGAUAUGGAGGAAUCGUUAGAACGAUUGAACACCCCAACCGACCAAGAGCCGUUUACAUUAGGGGAGCACGAGACAUUAAUGUACACACCUGUGGCAGGAAAUUCCCCAGCCCGGGUUGCUCGGAGUAACGGAGCGAGCAGGGGAGACCCUGCUCACGUCGCUAGUACGUCGUCAACUCAAGGAGAGAGUCGCUCUCCAACCCGUAUGAUUGCCAGCAACUCACCCGUUCGCACGACUGCUGGUAGAACCGGCUCUCCAUACAGAGAGACUCAUUCCCCCCAACCAUCCCCAGUGAAAUACUCCCCUUAUGGUGGCCCCUCCUACGCCCCCCACUCCACACAUCAGCCCCCGCCCCCUCCACCCCGGACCCUACCUGUGAGUGAGCUACAUCAUUUUGACGGCGAAGGCUCACCCUAUCGAGUCCGGCGUACCACUCCCGACAGAGAAACCUACGGUGGCAGCAUGUUCACCACACAAGGGAAAGUCGAUGGUCCAGCGGUCCGACCAAAAAACCUACACAGCCCUGUCAACGGAGUGCCAUAUUUCAAGACUCAAACAACUUACAUAUAACAAAGUAAGUAAAGGUUUAAUGUAGCCUACUUUUGUAUUUAUCUACCUGUAACAAGUUAUUACCCCUUUAACAAAAACAUUACAUGACCUGUUCUCAUAAAAGGUGAUUAGAAGUAGACCUAUUGAUUCAUGUGUAAUGGGGCCUUCAGCGUAGAGACUAAAGAUCUUUAAAGACAACUUUCGCAAAUUCAGGAUAUAUGUUGACACGCUAAUGACAUUUUUUUUCCCGUAUAAAUUGGAAUAAAAUCAACACUUUAAUGUCGUGAGGUUCCUUAAAAUUAUUAGUAUGCAUAUUACAUCAGUUCACAUUCAACAAAUGAUAUUUGCCAAAUAUCAUGGGCUUUCCAACCAUAUGUACAUGUCAUUUUCUGAAUUUUGUGAUGUACAUGUAAAGUCGUCAUUGACUAGAGCAGCACUUGAUUUCAUGAAACGCUUCAAUGCUUCGUAACGCAAGUUGCGACACGUAACAUGUUGCAACUUGUGAUGCAUCCUGCGAUCAAUUUUUCAAAAUUUUACGAAGUGUUGAACGUUUCGUCAUGUUUUCUUCAAUUGCAGUUUUUGGUGUGGCUUUGUCGAAAUCUCUGGUUUGAAAUAACGAAUGCGGUUUCAUGUUUUCAUGUAGUUACGAAAUGUCGACAACCUUCAAUGUCAUUCCAGAUUGGAAUGAUUUCUAAAACAGUUAUUCAAAGGUUGCUUCAUGCUGCGGCGAUCACACGUGUAUACGGGCAGUUCCACGGUUACUCACGUAACAUUUUUGAUGUACUUUUGAGUUUCCUUGGGCUGUAAUUACCUUACUGAAAAGGUUUAAUAACUGUUAUCCCCAUGGUAGAUAGACUAG